UCCUAUGCUUUAAGAAACAGGGCUUCCUAAAAAUACUGUGUUGGAAUCAGGAGAGCUAUGUUGAAAUCCCAGCUCUGCUUCAAAUUAAUUUACUACCAGUUUGACCUUGGGAAAAGUCACUUCGCCAAGAGAAGUGGGAGAGGAGAGGGGAGAUGAAAGGAAAUUCCUUUUCUUUCUGGUUGCUGGUAGAGACAGUCUGUGAGAGAAGAAGGCCAUCUCGCGGCGGCUUCCUUCCUCCGACUUCCCUUCCCGGAAGGCAGCUCCAAGUAGCUAGGGAGCAGAGCGACACCACUCCCCCAGACUCACGCGCUACUUCACCGAAGGCCGUCAAGGAGGCAGGGCCGGAAGCGACGGUGUGCGUCAUUUCCGAAACAGUCACCAUGGUAACGAGAAGCGGAAACGGUUCCCCUGCCUUUGGCAGACGUCCAGUGAAAUCGGAAUGGGGUUCGGCCCAGUACCACAGAGGACCCUAGGAGGAGGGGGGCACCCUCCCUUAUAAUAUUUUUGUACCCUUCUGGCUUGCCCCCGUGCCCCGCGUCCAUCCCGCUUCUUCCCCAGGGCUCUGCCUACAGCAUCUCUAUCCUGCUCCGCCGUACCCCGCUGCGAUCUCUAUAUGACGGAGGAACCGUCUCUUCGGUGGGAAAAGAGCCUGGCCGGAAAGGCGGCGCCGCCUCGCGGUUGACCGUGGCCUUCACCUUAGCUUUCCAGGUUUCCAGUCUGGGCAGUUGUCUGAUUUUCUUAAGCAAAGCCGACUUAUGGAGAACUCUCCCUUCAUUCCAUAAGUCACAGACGGGAUUGGAGGAAAGGAGUUUGUGAGGAGAAGUAUCUCAAAUGUCAAACAUGAGUUCAAGCUCAGAAGACAAUUCAGAAUUAACUUUUGAAGAUUAUGAUAAAGCGGCCAAGCUCAUUCAGAAGGUCUGGAAAAAUUAUCUUGAUACCUGUAUAUUUAGCCACUUCAAAAGUCUAAUCUUUUUAAAGAGGCAAGGAGAUCCCCAUCAACUAUUAAAAUAUAUUGAUCCUAAAGAGGCAGAACUUGUUGAUGCUGCUUCUGGAAUUAAUAUUCGACUCAGAUUGGGUGGAGACAAGUUUCCUCCCAAUAUAUAUUAUAAAAUUUUCACUCACAGAAACAUUGUAGAUAUAUGUGCUCACAGUCCUAGAGAUUAUGUGAACAUUCCCUCAAAGCAAUUAUCACUUUUGACACCUGAUGAGAAACAUCUAGAAGAUGAACGUGUUGGCUGGUACAAACGAAUAGAAAAUAAUGGCUGGAGACUUGUUUCCAGAAGAUUUUGGGGAGCUACUGAUGAGAUUACUGAAACAGGAAAUAAACAAAAAAUUGAUUUUCACUUCUCCAAACUGAAGAGAAGGCAGGAUGUUGAAAUGAGAAGAAAACAUAAAAAAAUUAAAUGGAUGAAGCAAAUGUAUUAUGCAGGAAGCCUGGAAACAAAGAGAUCAGAUCCUAAAUGUACAGACUUAAUUCUUAAAGCAACAAAAGGAUUGAUAAGAGCAACUGAAAAAGGUGGAAUAGAAGCAGUGAUGGAAUGGGAAGUGGAUGAAAUUCUGAACUGGACAAAUACAUUAAACUAUGAAGAAUAUGUCAACCAUUGGAAAAAUAUUGGUAUAAGCGACUCUUCAGCUAACAUUCAUGGUUUCAGGUUUGAGGAGGUAUAGGAUCCAGCAUCUAAAUUAAACUUUUCUCCUGCUGAUGUGGAACAAAUGGAAAAGGAACAAAUACUGAAGAGGACACAAAAAAUUUAUAGCUACUUGGCAGAGAUCUCUAAUAUAUCUUUCAGUACAUCUUUUUAAAAAUUCUCUGUACACAUCAAUUAUAUUUGAGAUGUUUAUUUGA